GGCUGCGGCGGCAAGAACGCACGAUGAAAUUAGCCGUUAAUACGCGCGUGUACACACGCAUAGAAUGGGGGUAGUUUGAUUGGGCCAAUUCGAGGCAAUUCCUGGCGAUUGCUGGUUUCAUUGAGCCCGUGAGCGAACGAACGACGCGGCUCUGCUGCUGCUGCUCUCGACAAGCAGUAGUAGCGCGAGAGAGACCGGACUUGGUAGUUGUGCGAUGCUCUCGACGACGACGUCCUACUCGAGACCGACGAGAAUGACGUUCCUGCGCCGGGGGAGGAUUCACCCUUCUCCUUCUUUUCCCGGGGCUAGAUUCGUCGCCAUUUUGUUGGGAGACGAUGGCACAGGUGCGCGAAAUGGCGGCGGCGGCAGUGCGGACUCUUUUGGCGAGGAGAGGGUUGCAUUUUCAUGCGAUUGGCUGAGGUGACGGUGCUCGUGCUUGAGUUUGGUGAUGUGCAGUCGCGUCGUUUUGUGUGUGUUAGUGUGCGUGAAUUGCGUUAUCUCAAAUGUGCAUUUUUGCCAAUCGGUUUUCAUGAGUGAAUAGAUUAUUUUUCAAAAAGUGUCGCAUAGUCUUGAAGUGCAGUUCGAACGAAUGUUGCAACAUCACACGUUAAUCCAAAUUUUCUUCCGGAAUAAAUGUUUCUUUGCGAAAAAAAAGUUUGAGAGUUAAUGUUCUACUUCAUUGUCCAUAUUCAAUUUUGGCUCGAGCUGGAAGUCGUUCCGCGCGUUGUCACGGGCCAAUUUUCCCAAACAAAUUCAUCGACCACUUUUUGAAUUCUCGCGAAAGCCGUGUACACAGUUCCGAAUAUAUAAACAAUGUGUAAAAAGGUCGCAUCUCCAGCAGAAGAAAAUCCAACCAAGCCCACGACGAGAAUACCUCACUCCCCAUUCGUCAGCACGUCUGAACUCUCGUCCCACCCACCCGCAUCUGCGCGAUUGGCCGACUGCUCUGCCGGAGGCGGCCUCGUCGAAAUUAUAUAAACGCUCGCGUGCGCCCGAAGUCCCAGAGCGAAUUAACUCGAGGGGAGGUGGACAACACUAGACUCAUCUCUCCGUCAGUCUGCUCGCGCUUCUCGUCUCUGUCGCAUCUAUCCACUCCGUUUUACAUACCUACACGCAAACGUUAGCAUUCGUACACUCGCAUACACCGCAAGAGUUAAAAAAGGAGUGAGAGAGAGAGAGAGAGAGAGAGAGAGAGAGAGAGAGAGAGAGAGAGAGUCUAAUCAGCGUUAAUUCGCGCGGAAACACCCAUUGCCGCAAUUGAUCGCAAUUGCGACGCCGCGGUGAGAGCCACGUGUGUGUGCGUGUGCAGUGCCGAUUUAGCGCCGAUUUUUCGGGACAGUGCGCUCUAUAGCUGAGGUAUUGCACGAGAAAAGGCCGAGAGAGGAAGUGUCGCGUGUAUAUAGCGGAGCUGUUGGAGAAAAGCUCAGCAAGAUUGAGGUGAUCUACGGGAUGGACGGCGGUCCGUUCGACGACCCGAUUUUCUCGGACUUCGGAGCUCGUGGAGGGACCGGCGUUCAUAGUAUCCAAGUCAUGCUGGGAUUGCACGGAGCGCAUCAUGCUACUGGAGGCGCCGGAACCGGAGCUGCGGGGCCUGAACUUAUGCCACCCGGAGGCGGUCACCUGCACAAGUUGGACUCGUCAGGAGGAUCACCGCCGCAUCAUCAGCCGACGCACCACCAGCUGCACCAACAGCAACAGCACCAUCAGCAACAACAGCAACAUCACCAGCAGCACCAACAGCAGCAAAAGGAUCUGAAGGAACUUGAACUCGCGGGGAUGUACGCGCCGAUGGCCCAGGCGCAGGAUGUGACAACCUCGACGUCGGCACCGCAACCCAACGCGAAUGUGCAACAGCAGCAGCAACAACAACAGGCAAUUCAGAUGGGAAAUUCGCUGAAGAGAAAGAACGAUGAUCCACUUGGUCAGUUAGCGCCUGUGAGCAACGAGGCUCAGCCAGCCAAGAAAGAUUCGAAGAAGAAGGCCGAGAACAACGGCAUCAAGAAGAAAAAGACCAGGACGACCUUCACUGCGUAUCAGUUAGAAGAGCUCGAGAGGGCCUUCGAACGAGCUCCUUACCCGGACGUUUUUGCGCGCGAGGAGUUGGCAUUGAAAUUAGCGCUAUCAGAGUCACGAGUGCAGGUCUGGUUCCAGAACCGACGAGCCAAGUGGCGCAAGCGCGAGCCGCCGCGUAAGACUGCUGGAUACAUGGCUACAGGUUCUGCAAGCCCCGGACUAAGCGGCUCAUUUAACACCCUGAACAGCACGUUAAACCCUUUUGCCUCCUCGACAACGGCGAGCGCUCCUCCGGACGCUUGGGCCUAUUCACCAGCCUACGAUCUAACACCUCACCUGAACAUCCUCAGUCCGUCAAACUCGCCUUAUUCUGCGAGUUUCGGCGGUCCGGGUAACAACGGCACGGCUGCAGCUGCCGCCGCCUACUCCUACGCGACGAUGCUGCCACAGCACGACGCAUCGUUAUUCGCCGCGCCGACGGGCAACGCGAUGCGCGUCCACCAGGAUUACAUGAACGCCAGCAAUAGUCCACCACCGGCACUUGGGCGGGCCGACUACCAAACUAUGGUCACACAACACUCGCCACCGAAUCACAUGGCCCCAGAAGACGAGCAUCAUACGGGGAAGCUGGACUACGUGGGCACGUUGAGCCCGUCGGACAAGUACGGUCAGCACGAGCCAAACGAAUACUCGCAGCAGCCGCCUCAGCAACAGCAGCAGCAGGAUCACAAGAACGACUACGGUAUGCAUUCGCCGACGAGCGCGCGGCAAGCGCUGAAGGACCAGACGCUCGUUAAGAGCGAACCCGGCAGCCAGCAGAAUUUUGUACAGCUGCCUCCUUUUCUGAACUGACACGAACCCUCGGGUUCGGACUAUCUAGAUUUUACAGCUGAGACUGUGCAACCACCGGCUUUGUCCUCUUGCUACAGCUUAGCUCGCGCUCCGUACUGCUAAUGCUAAUUCGUCGAGCGAUAUGCGUUAUAAUGUAAUGCUUUGGUUAUGCGUGAGGUGCUGUUUUUUUUUAUUCUAAAUGACGAGAGAUUGUUUUGAAUGUUGGUGAGAAAUUGUUGUUAUCGACUGGACAACUGAGCGUUUUUUUAUUGUAUGAUUGUUACGAUGUUUUUGUCUCAGUCGGUGAUAGUUUUCACGUUUGUGUUUGGCUCGAAACGCGCCGAACUUGAUAAUUUUGUAAAAUGCUACAUAUAUCAAAGAAAUGCGUAUUUUAUUAACUCUGUUAUUGAACUGGCUAUUGAAUUAAACAAAGGUUUUAAAAAAAGUCUUCGAAUGACUAUAUUUUGAAAUUCUAACAAUUUAAACGUAGUUUAAAGGAAAGCCCCAGACCGUCCUGUUUAUCUGACCAAAUUAACGAACUUAUACCAGUUUGAAUUGAUUAUCAGAGGGCAUUAUCAAAGUUAUGUUCACUCAAAUAGUCUAUAAAUCUGAAGUAUUUUUUAUUCUUCACGAAAUAUUAUAAAUCGUAUACGCAAUACUUCUGUACUUUUGCGCAUAUAAUGUCUAUAUAUGUAUAUGUUAUAAAAAUAUAAAUAUUUUUAUGUUAAAUAAGCGUUUAGCAAUUAGUGCUUUAUCGUAGUGAUUUCAACUAGGAUAUACUUGUAUCAAACAUUCAAUUUGCGAAUAGCGCCUUUUUAUUAUAUUUUUUUUUUGUUUCAAUUUUAUCUUCGUCAACGAUACAAUUAUUCAUGUCUUUGAUAAAAUUAUUAUUGUAUACACUGCGCAUUAGGUUACUAUUCACUCAUGUUUGUUGUCUCUUAAUUCCUGAUGUGUGAAAAUUUUAAUAAAAACUUGCCAAAAUCACA